AUGACCAACAUUGACUAUCAAAACAGCUUCAUCUUAAUCCUCCUAUGCCUCUUCCCAACCUUCUUAUUUCUCUUUGUCUACUUCUUCAAGAAACCAAAGAAUGUCUCUAAUCUACCUCCGAGCCCUCCUUCUCUUCCCUUCAUCGGCCAUCUCCACCAUCUCUUCUCUGCUCCAAUCCACAAAUCUUUCCAAAAAACCUCAUCCAAGUACGGACCUAUCCUCCAUCUCCGCAUCUUCAACCUCCCCGUCAUUCUGGUCUCCUCUGCCUCAGUGGUCUACGAGAUCUUCAAGGACCACGACAUGAACGCCUCUCAUGGUCCCGUUGCCAUCGAUGAGUGCCUCGUGUUUGGAUCUUCUGGCUUCGUCAAAGCUCCCUAUGGAGCUUACUUUAAGUUCAUGAAGAAGCUCAUCACUACUAAUAUGCUCGGACCUCAGGCGCUGGAGCGUUCACGAGGCGUUCGUGCGGCUGAGGUAGAGAGGUUUUAUAUAUAUCUUCUUGAUAAGGCGAUGAAGAAAAAGAGCAUAGAGAUCGGCGAGGAAGCGAUGAGACUCGUUAACAGUAUACUCGGAAAUAUGAGCAUGGGAAGGGGCUUUUCGGAGGAGAACAAUAAUGAAGCGAAAGUCUCAAAAUUUGCUCUGGAGUUUAUUGGCUUCACCAAUAAGAUGUUGUUUGCACAAAUUUGGCGUAAGCCGCUUGAGAAGCUCGGGAUCUCACCAUUCAAAAAGGAGAUAAUGGAUGCUUCAUACAGAUUUGAGGAGCUCUUGGAGAGGAUCAUUGUGAAAUGCGAAGAGAAAGUGGACCAGCAUCAAGGUACUGAAAUUAUGAAGACCUUGUUAGCAUCUUAUCGAGGCGAAAAUACAGAGUAUAAGGUCACAAGGAACCAUAUCAAGGCGUUAUUAGCGGAGCUUUUCUUUGGAGCCGGUCACAGCUCUUCAACAACAAUGAAGUGGACAAUGGCUGAACUCAUGAACAACCCUAAAAUCUUUGAGAGAUUGAGAGAAGAAAUCAUUUCCGUGGUGGGGAAGACAAGGUUGAUCCAAGAAACUGAUCUACCAAAACUCCCUUAUUUGAAAGCGAUCAUCAAGGAAUCUCUGAGAUUGCACCCGCCAGGGUAUCUUUUGCCGAGGGAGCUUGAACAAGGGUGUAAGAUCAGAGGGUUCUACAUACCUAAGAACACAUUACUUGUUAUUAAUGCUUAUGCUGUGAUGCGAGAUCCGAAUUCUUGGAAAGAUCCUGAUGAGUUUAAACCAGAGAGGUUUCUAGGGCAAGAAGAAGAGAAAAAAGUGAAAGAAUUGAAAUUCCUUGGUUUCAGCGCUGGAAGAAGAGCAUGUCCUGGAUCAAAUUUGGGUAAUAUCAUAGUGGAAAUCGCAAUUGGAGUGAUGGUGCAGUGUUUUGAUUGGGAAAUUGAAGGAGAAAAUGUCAAUAUGGAAGAGACUUCUGGAAGAAUGUUUUUGGCUAUGGCACAUCCCCUUAAAUGCACUCCUCUUCCUCGUAUCCUAAAUCUUUUACCCACCCUCUAA